CAGGAGGCUCUUCUGUCGUCUGUCUACCUACAGACUGAUUUGGUUCUUGGCAGCAGUGAUGCUAUGCAGGGCGCAAGCCUUCACAGGUGGAGAGAGGGCAGGCUUCCCACCAUCCAUGGCACAGGCUUUACCAACAGACUUGGGGGAAUCUCAAUGGAAUUCCAUAGACGCAUCCAAGAAUUGUAAACUUUCCACUAAAUUAUUUCUUGUCAAAUAGAAAAAUCACCUAAGAAGUUAAAACUCUAGCUCGGGUUCCUUUUCUACUCUCCAUUCUAAAAGCAGCAAUUUCUUCAAAUCUCUGCUCUGCAAAAUCUCAACAAACUUUCAGAAAACCCCAGCAACAGUCGUGACCCAAAAUGAAAAAGAACUGCUGAACACACCUGCUUCCUUAAGAUGCUCUCUGCAAAAUUCCGAGGAAGUCUUGAUUGUGACAUGGCAGAAAAUCAAGGCUGUUAGCCCAGAAAACAUGGUCACCUUCAGCAAGAACCAUGGGGUUGUGGUCCAGCCUGCUUAUAAAGGCAAGAUAAACAUCACCCAGCUGGAACUCAAGAACUCAACCAUUACCUUCUGGAACACCACCCUGGAGGAUGAAGGGUGUUACAAGUGCCUCUUCAAUACUUUUGGUUCUGGGAAGAUCUCAGGAACAGCCUGCCUCAGCCUCUCUGUACAGCCCACAGUGUUCCUUCAGUAUAAAUUCUUCGAAGACCGCCUAAAUAUCACUUGCUCUGCCAAUGCCCGCCCAGCCCCUGUGAUCUCCUGGAAAGUGUCUGGAUCAGGGAUUGAAAACAGUACUGAGGUUCUCUUCCACCCCAAUGGGACCACGUCUGUCACGAGCGUUCUCCAGGUCAAAGACCCCAAGCGUCAGGUGGGGAAGGAAGUGGUCUGCCAGGUGCUGCACCUAGGGAAUGUGACCAGUGUCACGCAAACUGUGGAUAAAGGGUUUUGGUUUUCCGUUCCGCUCUUGUUAAGCAUUGUUUCCUUGGUAAUUCUUCUGGUCUUAAUCUCAAUCUUAUUAUACUGGAAACGUCGUCGGAACCAAGACAGAGAACCCUAGAGGAAUCACACAGAACCCAGAAAAGUUACUCCCUGGUCUACUUGAAUCUGACUCAGGAGGAAGGCAGGAGGAAAAAGGUCAUUCUCUAACGGACAUAAAGAGCAGAAGAGGUAGGGGUAAAAGACCUAAGAAUUUCAAGAUUUUCUAUUGCCAUCUAAGCUACCCAGUGCUUGUGGGAGUUCCAAAAGGAAGUCGUUUUACCUCUCAAGUCUGUUGUAGGACUUGAUUUUGUGAAGCAAUGCAGUGAUGUGCUAUUGAAAGGAGACUGGACUUUAAAUCAGUAGCCACAACUCACAGGCUGACUCUGGCUCCAACCGAGGGCAACCCUCUGUCCAUCACUUUAUCUCAAUAAGCAUCCACACCUGCAUCCAGAAAAUUAGGAAGUUGGACCAGAUAGUUUGCCAUUCUGCUCCAAAAACUGAUGAAAUUCCAGGAAAAAAAGGAAUCAAGAAAGGAAAAAGAGAAAGGAGAACAUGGGAAGGUGUUAAGGACCAAAGAACUUUUCUGAGACUACCUUUUACCUUUCAGUUGCUGUUUUGUCUCUUCUUGCAUAUUGUUCUUAGGUCCACGAGUCAGUUUCCUCCUCACGUGGUGGUGGUAGUCCACUACCUGCUGACUGGUUUGUUAGUAACUGGUCUUUCUAGAACCCUUGGUUUCACUGCAGUUCUUCAUGUCCUCCCGUGACUGACGUUUACCACAAUGAAUAUGGGACUGAAUUCAUUGCAAAAUAACAUUGACAACCUUAACUUUACUUACCUACUCGUAUAGAAGAAGUUUUGUUAACCCAGCAGCUCACUUUUUAAAAAAAAGCAUUUCCUGUCCCAUUUGACUUAUAAUAGGAUCUGGUUCUAUACCAGUCAUUGUAAAAUCAAAAGAAAAUAUAUGAUAAAAUAGAAACAGGCAUUUAGGAAGUUUUGAAUUCAAUUCAAAGUCAAUUCAAAUGCUUCUCCCUCCUGGCUUCUUUUCCCAUGAGUUAACUUCUCGUAAUAGCAGAGAAAGUAUGUUUGGGUUUAGAAAUCCCUUUGUUCUAAAUUAUAUUGUUCUAACUAGUGGUUCAUUUUUGAACUCUUAAAAAUCACAAGACCAAAUUAUUGACUUUUUCAGUAUCUUUUGCUUUCUUGUCUCUACUCAGUGACCUAAGAACUAAAGCUUAAGUUGUUUUCACUGUUGAAUUGGAUAUUUGUAUAUUUAGUAAGCUUUUCAUAUGUUAUUUAAAUCUGUAUUAUUUCUUAUAUUUGUAUUAAGAUACUGAAUGAUUAAAAGUGUCAAAUCUAAAUAUUUGGUUCAUGACACUCUUUUGGGAAAUGUGGACAUUAACGAUAAUCUUUAGAUUUUCCCUCUUUGUGUGAAACCCUCCUCUCUCCUCUAUCUCUCACCCACUAGAAGAUGCCACUGACAUUUCUGAUUAAUCACAAAGUCACAAAUCAGAUAUCCCUGAUCUGGCCAGUGAGAGCUCCGUCAAGUUGACAACUGUGUCCUUUGGACAUGACCUGGUCAAUUUGGGAGCACUUCCUUGUAUAUGCUCUUUUGAUUUUGCUUUUAGAUACCAACCUUUGCAAACUGAUUAAGUUACUACAGUUUUGAAUUUAAUCAGAGCUACCACCCUGCCUGGUAUCUCAACUGCCAGAUCAGGCAGGAUAACAAAAGCAGCAGUUCUCAAAAAUUUAGAAUGUGCUUAAAAACAUUAUUGAGGACCCCAGAGAGCUUUCUUGUAAAGAGAAGUGUUUGUUGAUAUUUACCACAUUCAAAACAAAAAUAUACAAGCAUACGUUCUAUUAGCCAUCAGAACGAUGUCCACGUUACACAUCACGUAGUUUCUGGGAAGUUCCGCAUCACGAUUGUGAGAGAAUGAGCAUAAAAAAGGCAAAUGAUGUAUUGGUGUGAACAAUAGUUUUGACUUUUGUGGACCCCCUGAAAUAGUCUCAGGGACAAUAUUAAAGACUGAUCAUUUAAAAUAUAUGCAAAGAAGGAGACCACCUUAUGAGAAGAUUUCAUGAGUCUUUCCCAAAGAAACUCCUUAUUAAACAGAUACCUUUACAAUGCCUAAGCAUUCUAUUAUUUCAUCAUAACUUAUUGCAGAGAGCCCGAGGACUAAUCCUUCUUCAUCACUAAUACAGGUGUACCUUGGAGAUAUUGUGGGUUUGGUUUCAGACCUCUGCAGAAAAGCAAAUAUCACAAUAAAACACCUCAGAUGAAUUUCUUGUUUUCCCAGUGCAUAUAAAAGUUAUGUUGACAGUAUACUGUACUCUAUUAAGGGUGCAUUAACGUUAUGUUUAAAAAAAAAACAACUAUGUAUGUACCUUAGUUUAAAAAUACUUUAUUGCUAAAAAAUGCUAACCAUCAUCUGAACUUUCAGCAAAUCAUAACCACUGAUCACAGAUCACCUAGCAAAUAGAAUGGUAAUGAAAAAGUUCAGAAAAUUGCGAGAAUUACCAACAUGUGACACAGAGACAUGGAGUGAACAAAUGUUUUUGGAAAAAUGGCACCAAUAGACUUGCUCGAGGCAGGGUUGCCACAAACCUGCAAUUUGUAAAAAACACAGGAUCUGUGAGGUGCAAUAAAGCAAGGUACACUUGUAAUUCAA